ACGGGUCUGUUUAUGUACGGGGAGGAUGGGGAUGCCGGUUUGGUUGAUAAAAUGUUGGGGGUUUUGGUGGUGAUAGGUGGCGGGGUGGUGCCGGGAUGCUCGAUAUGCUCGUUGAGGAUUUGUCCUCGUCAAGCUCGUCAAGGGCUUGUCCCCGUUCAGUCCGCUAUCCUCGUCGAGUAGCUGACUCCGUCGACCUGGCUGUGAUCGUCGAGGUGGCUGGAUCCGUCGACGUGAUUGUGAUCAUCCUGGUGCCUGGAGCCGUCGAGCUAAUCGUACUUGUCACAGUUGAGGUCUUCUUUGACGUGGAUGUUCCAAAUGGGGUGACUGUCUCCGUCGUAAUUGUUGUCGUCGUUGAUGUGGUGGUUGUUGACGCCGUGGCUGUUGUUGUAGUGGCUCGUGAUGUAGUGGUUGUCGUGGUUGUCCAGCCUGUCUUGGUCGUCGUCGUGGUUGUUGAAGGGGUGGUCGGAGGCAUCACGAUAUUGUUUGUCGAAGGUAUCGAGAACUGCAUCCAAGGCAUCGUUGAAGUUGUUGCUGGAGUGUUGUUGAAGUUUUCGUUGAGGUUGUUGAAUUUAUUAGGUAGGUGGUCUUGUCGUUGGUGAUUAUAUACCUAGGUAGUUGGUCUUAGCGUUGUUGAUUUGUUUGUUGCCUUGUCAUUGUUGAACUCAUCAUUCUUAAAGUCAAUGACAUUGUUGCCUUUUUUUGGUGAAUAGUGAUGCUGUCAUUAUUAAUGUCGUUGAUGUUAUUAUCGUCGCCAUUAUCGACCAGGCACCCCCGCUGCACUGUUGUCAAAACCUCGAUGGUGAUUUCAUUUCAUCCUCA